UCCCUGCUCCCAAUGUCCCCGCCGCCGCCGCCACCUCCUCCCCGUACCCGCCCCUCCCGAUCCAGUCCUCUCCCACCCACCGCCGACCUUGCCGUCCUCCUCACCCACCACCGCCGACCUCGUCCCUCCCUCCCCUCUCCGCAUCUUCCGGCCAACUCUACGCCCGAGGAGAUCGAGCGAGCGCCCGAGUGCGCCCGUCCUCGCAGCCUCCUCCCACGAUUCCCCGCGCCCGAGCCCCACGAGAGGAGCUCCUCCUGUGUUUUUGCACGCCGCCGCCGGCGACCACCAGCCACAGCUUGCCGGAGCCAGCAGAUGAGUGCCACCCUUCUUCUCUAUUCUCUUCUUCCCGUGCUCUCUUUCUUCCUCCUUUCUCUCUCUCACACAUCUCAAUUUCUCUCUCUGUCUCAAACAGUGCACUUCGCCGCCAUGGACGCUCGUGUCCCCGACCUUGCAGCGCGCCGCCCCGAUGCGAAGUCCCUCCUGGCCGUUCCUGCGCCGCUGGGCCGAAGCCUCGCCCAAGUCCAAGCGCCGCCCACGUUUGCCUCCUCGCCAUGGCCUCCCCUGCUUCGUCUGCUUCGCGGACAGAGCUCCGUCUCCGUCAACGUGUCCUCCCGCCGUCUCUGUUCGCUGUCGGGCUCAAUCGACUCCAGCAGCACCCCCACGGUGUCGCUCCGCUCGGCACCCGAGCUUGCAGUAGCAGCUCUCUUCUCCAGUGCGCCCACCAGCCAGGCCGUUCGUCUCCAGCUCUCCGCUCUGGCUCUGUAUUGCGUUGUUCAUUCAAUCAGGGAUCUAUUCCAAGGUCUCGGGUCCGCCCUCUCCAUGGAGAAAGGAGAUAUCUAUUCAUUUUGCAUUCUGAACAUGCUAGCAAAUAUGCAGGAGUAAACAAGUUCUUGCAUAGAUAUUGAAGUGUUUGUUCUGAAAAUGUACUGUCACCGAAGAUAUUGCGAGUGGUCUGACAAGAUAUUCUCAAUUUGCAAGUUUAGUUACUUUUCCAGUUAAUUAACUGGACAUCUUGGAGUAGUUAGAAAAUCAUGAAUUAUUUGCAGAAAUUCGUAGAAGUAUUGUACUCCAGUGUGCAUUACUUACAUAAACUUGCUUGCAAGCUUAUUUUCUGACUUUCAUAUUCUGAAACUGAAAAAGCUUAGUUAAAUUCUAUUAAGUUUCAGUAAUAUUCAGUGGAGUGGAGUGUUUACUGUAAAUUUUGAACAUCACAGUAAUUUCCCUUGCUGUUAACUGUUGUAGCAUUAGGAGUAGUUUUAUUGUAGUACUGCUUGAACUACUCCAAGCAUUUGGAGUACCGUAAAGCGAGUAAAUGGAGGGCGAGGAAUUUUUACUGCAAUGUAGGAUUGCACAGGGAGUUGUUAGUAGUAGAUGUUGAUGAUCAUAUCAGGAGAUGGAGGGUGAUACACACAGCCAUGGAGAGGAGCAGCAGCUCAAGGUCCUUUCUCCUCCACGCCACCUCUGCCCCUCUCUCGUUUUGAUUUGCUAUGUUGGGUUCCAAGAUUAGAAAUAUUUUUUGUUUCCAUCUUUAUCCAUGUGCUAUCAUUAACUCUGAGAAAAUGUUAUGUUUUUGCUGAUUAGUGGCAGUACAUCUUUGCUUUACUAUUCCUAGCAGCUGCAGUUCAUCUACCAUAAACAUGUUGUGUACAUUCUGAACCCCCAAACAUGACACAAGUGAUAUGUAUAUGCAGCAGGGAAUCGUCAACUUGUAUAGUUUGUUUACUGGAAUGUAACUUGUACAAUUUUUACUUGAAUAUGUUCAGUUAUGAAGUCGUGUAGUUGUUUUUUCUCAUCAGUUCUAAAUUGCAGUACAUUACUGAAUUGUUGAUGAUGCUGAAUGAAUCUAGCUUGUUGGGUUUAGUCUCUUGUUUAGAUGGAAUAGCACCCCAUCACUUGUUGUUGUUGUUGUUGUUGUUGUUGUUGUUGUUGUUGUUGUUGUUGUUGUUGUUGUUAUUCACCCUAUCCUUGCUGUUCUGUUUUCUUGUUGGCAGAUAUUUUGAGUAAAUUCAAGACGAAAGAUGUUCAAAGAAGCUCCAAGACAUUCUUAUAUAGCAAGUUAUGUAAUAAUAGCUGGGUUAUCUGGGAAUUUAAUGUAUCUUCUCUCUGUUUGUGAAUGAAAUAGUAAUUAUGUAUGUGAAUUAAUGUAUCUUCUCUCUGUUUGUGAAUUUCAUGUAUGUUUCAGAAUUACAA